AUGGAGGAGGCUCCUCGUGAGCUCGCACCACAAGCGCCACCAGUGCAGGAGGCAGGUCCUUCGCAGCCAUCGCCAGAGGCUCCCCCGCCUGUUCAGCCUAGAGAGGAGCACGGACCAGCUGAGCCCACUGCAGGCCAGGAGAUUGUGCCUACUGCACCUCCACAAUCAAGCAAGUCAUUCAGGUUUCCUUUGCGCCCAGGAAAGGGCAGUAUUGGCACCAGGUGCCUGGUUAAGGCCAACCAUUUCUUUGCUGAGCUGCCAGACAAGGAUCUUCAUCACUAUGAUGUCUCAAUCACACCGGAAGUUACCUCAAGGGUUGUUAGUCGAGCCAUAAUCAAGGAGCUGGUCAAUCUCUACAAGCAUUCUUACUUGGGUGGGAGGCUACCGGCUUAUGAUGGUAGGAAGAGCCUGUACACAGCCGGCCCACUGCCGUUUACUUCACAGGAAUUUCAUAUCACUUUAUUUGACGAUGAUGGUGGCCCUGGUUCUGAGAGGCGACGUAGGAAUUUUAAAGUAGUAAUUAAAUUUGCCGCACGAGCUGACCUCCGCCGCCUCGAGCUGUUUUUAGCUGGGAGGCAUGCAGAAGCUCCUCAAGAGGCAUUGCAGGUUCUGGAUAUUGUGCUGCGGGAACUGCCUUCAUCAAGGCCAAGGUACGCACCAUUUGGCCGGUUGUUCUUUUCGCCUGACUUGGGCCGAAGGCAGCCCCUUGGUGAUGGAUUAGAAAGCUGGCGUGGAUUUUACCAGAGCAUUCGUCCUACUCAAAUGGGCUUGUCACUCAACAUUGAUAUGUCAGCGACAGCUUUCAUUGAGCCAUUGCCUGUAAUUGAAUUUGUUGCACAGUUGCUGAAUUGUGAAAUUCACUCUAGGCCACUCUCAGACGUGGAACGGGUGAAGAUCAAGAAAGCCUUGAGAGGAGUUAAGGUGGAAGUUACUCAUCGUGGAAACAUGCGGAGAAAGUAUCGAAUAUCUGGGUUAACAACUCAGGCGACUCGAGAGUUAACCUUUCCUGUUGAUGAAGGGGGUACAAUAAAGUCAGUUGUACAAUACUUUCAAGAGACAUAUGGCUUUGCCAUCCAACACACCUACCUUCCUUGCCUUCAAGUUGGCAAUCAACAGCGUCCAAAUUACUUGCCAAUGGAGGUCUGCAAAAUAGUGGAGAGGCAGAGGUACUCCAAGAGAUUAAACCAGAAUCAGAUCAGAGCUCUUUUGGAGGAGACAUGCCAGCACCCACGCGAUCGUGAGCGUGAUAUAAUUCGGAUGGUUAAACAGAAUGCCUAUGACAAGGAUGAUUAUGCACAAGAGUUUGGCAUUAAGAUUAGCGAUCGUCUGGCAUCAGUUGAGGCACGGAUUUUGCCAGCUCCAUGGCUUAAGUACAAUGAGACUGGUCGAGAGAAGGACUGCUUACCUAGGGUUGGUCAGUGGAAUAUGAUGAACAAGAAAAUGGUAGAUGGUGGUAAGGUCAGAAGUUGGAUAUGUGUCAAUUUUGCUCGCAAUGUGCAAGACAGUGUUGUUCUUGGGUUCUGUCAUGAACUUGCACUGAUGCGCCAUGCGUCAGGAAUGGCAAGUGAUUUGAAGCGUGUCUGUGAAAUAGAUCUUGGGAUAGUUUCACAGUGCUGUUGCACAAAGCAGGUUUUCAAAAUGAACAAACAAAUUCUUGCAAAUCUUGCUCUGAAGAUUAAUGUCAAGGUUGGGGGCAGGAACACCAUGCUGGUAGAUGCUGUCUCAAGGCGAAUUCCUCUGGUAACUGAUCGACCUACAAUCAUAUUUGGUGCUGAUGUGACUCAUCCUCCUCCUGGUGAGGACAGUAGUCCCUCAAUUGCUGCUGUUGUGGCCUCCCAAGAUUGGCCAGAGGUGACAAAGUAUGCUGGACUAGUUUCUGCUCAAGCUCAUCGGCAAGAGUUGAUAGAGGAUUUGUAUAAGGUCUGGCAAGAUCCACAGAGAGGGACAGGAGCUACUUGUAUCCUUCAAAAAAUCAACUGGGAUGGUGUCAGUGAAGGACAAUUUUAUCAAGUUCUGUUGUAUGAGCUCAAUGCAAUCCGAAAGGCCUGUGCCUCCCUGGAAGCGAACUACCAACCAAAGGUGACUUUUGUUGUGGUUCAGAAGCGCCAUCAUACUAGAUUAUUUGCUCACAACCACAAUGAUCAGAAUUCAAUUGACAGGAGUGGAAACAUACUCCCAGGCUCUUACAAACAACCUCUGUUACACUUAUGCAAGGUGCACCCGCUCUGUAUCGUUCCACCAGCGUAUUAUGCUCACCUGGCUGCCUUCAGGGCUCGUUUUUACAUGGAACCAGAGACUUCUGACAGUGGUUCGGUGGCUAGUGGUCCUGCAGGCCGUGGACCUCAGUCAGCAUCCCAUUGCACUCGGGGCCCUGGUGGUGCAGCUGUUAGGCCACUUCCAGCUCUGAAGGAUAACGUAAAGAGGGUCAUGUUCUACUGCUGA